AUGACCACCAAGACGAACAUCUUCUACACUGGCGCAACUGGCUACAUCGGCGGCGCAGUGCUGGCUCGCCUUCUUGCGCAUCCCAAUGCUGCGAACUUUGAAAUCACAGCUCUGAUACGCAGCGAGGCGAAAGGCAAGCUUCUCCAAGAGGAGUUCGGGAUUAAGCCCCUUGUCGGCAGCCUUGAAGACGUCGACAAGAUUAUGGCCGCUUCGGAGGCUGCGAACGUGGUUUUUAACAUGGCGGAUUGCGACGAUAUCCCCUCCGCACAGGCCAUUCUCGCGGGCAUGAAGAUUCGUCACGAAAAGACUGGCGAGAUUCCCAUCUUAAUCCACACGUCCGGCACCGGAAUGCUCCUCGAAGAUUCUCGGGGGGCCGCCCGCCCAGACGCGAUCGUCUACGACGACAUGAACAUGGAACACGUCAAGUCGAUCCCCCCCGACGCGAUCCACCGCCCCGUCGACACCCUCAUCGUCGCCGCCGACGUCGCCGGCCACGUCCGCGCGCACAUGGUCGCGCCGAGCAUCGUCUUCGGGAUGACGAGCCACGCGCUCGUCGCCGCCCGGAUCGCGAACGCGUCCUCGUCCGCGAUGGCGCACCUCGCGCGCACUGCCAUCGCGCGCGGCCGCCCGCCGGUGGUCGGCGAGGGCAAGAGCGUGUGGCCGAUCGUGCACAUCGACGACACCGCCGACAUCUACCCGCGCCUCCUCGACGCCGUCUACGCCGGCCCUGCAGCCGUAGGCCACGGCGAGGAGGGCCUGUACUUCCUCGAGAACGGCGAGCUGCCGUGGUCCGCCGUUGCGCACGCGGUCGGGCUCGCGCAGGCCGCGCACGGCGCUGGGCGAGUCCCCGAGCCGGAGUCGCUCACCAGCGCGGCGCAGCUGGCGGAGGUGUUUGGGAGCGAGGCGUUCGGCAUGCUCUUCGGCUCGAACGUGCGCUGCAAGGCGAGCCGUGCGCGGGCUCUGGGGUGGGCCCCGAAGUACGGAGUGGGGGACUUCGACGGGUGCAUGCUGGCCGACUUCGGGGCGGUGCUGAAUGAGAAGUGA